GAUUAGAGCUAACAGAAUUUAAGGUUAGAGAUGAAACUACGGGUAAAUUACCAUUCCGACAUGCUUUAUUAGUAGAGCUUGUUUCUCAUAUUUUCAUCCGUUUUUUUACCUUCAAGACUCUGAAAAUGUCUUUACGUCAAAAAAAAUCAGUAAAUGCCGAGUUUAAAGAAUCUAAUAGUGAAUUCACCCCAAAUUUAAAAGCACAAACAGGGAAAACUUGGGGUCGUGAUAGAGAUAUUUCCUACAUUACCGUAUUAUUUUCUACACUUAUUCUUACUUGUUGUCCUUUAUUGGUGUUUGUUUUUUGGGUGAGCUGUACCCAUUAUCAAUGUUCACUAUAUGAACCUAUCUAUCGUCUACAAAUAAGUGGAUUUUCCGAAAAAGCUUUUGAUUCCGUAGUAUUACAAAAACUUCCUCAAUUUACAUGGGAGGGAAUAAAAAUAUAUGCAAUAUGGUUAAGCUUUCAGGCAAUUAUUUACGCAAUAUUGCCGGCAAAAAUAGGAUAUGGUCAAAGAACGCCAGCAGGACAUAUUUUACCUUAUAAAGUACGGUUUGAAAAAAUAUUUCGAAAAAAAACAUUCUAUUUCAAUUGGUGGGAAGGAUCUAUAAUCCAUGAUAAUUGGGGAGCUCUUCUCAUUGCCGCCAAUAUUUAUGGAUAUUUUCUUACAUUCUUUGUAUUUGCAAAGGCAUAUAUCAUGCCUUCGCAUCCAGAAGAUCGUAAAUUUUCAGGAAGCUUCAUUUAUGAUUUAUUAAUGGGUAUUGAAAUGAAUCCGCGUUUUGGAAAAUAUUGGGAUUUUAAAUUAUUUCAUAAUGGAAGACCUGGAAUUAUUGCUUGGACUUUAAUAAAUUUGUCAUUUGCCGCAGCUCAAUAUAAUAAAAUCGGAUAUGUAACAAAUUCCAUGAUUUUGUUAAACUUUUUGCAUGCCGUUUAUGUGCUAGAUUUUUUUUAUAAUGAAGAUUGGUACCUAAGAACAAUUGAUAUUGCACAUGAUCAUUUUGGAUUCUAUUUGGCAUGGGGUGAUACUGUUUGGCUUCCUUGGAUGUCUCAUUAUUUGGUUCGCAACACUAUUGAUCUCUCUAUUCCUUAUUUUCUACUUGUGCUCACAAUUGGAUUGUCUGGAUAUUAUAUUUUCCGAGCAGUCAAUCACCAAAAAGAUAUUGUUCGUCGAAGGAACGGUGACUGUAUUAUAUGGGGCAAGCCUGCACAAUUUAUUAAAACACAUUUUGUUACAAGUGAUGGAAAAGAGCACAGUAGUAUUUUAUUAACCAGUGGUUUUUGGGGCAUAUCACGUCAUUUCAAUUAUGUUGGUGACUUGCUUAUUUCAUCGGCAAUGUGCUUAGCUUGUGGGUUUGACCAUUUGUUACCAUAUUUUUAUAUCAUUUAUAUGUUUAUACUUUUAAUUCAUCGUAUUUACCGGGACGACGCACGAUGUCGAGGAAAGUACGGAAAGUAUUGGGAUAAUUAUUGUCAAGUCGUCAAAUGGAAAUUACUUCCAUAUGUUUUUUAA